AUGGCUUCCAAAAUCUUUUCAGUAUUCGCAGUUUUUUAUCUGUUUUCUGCUCAGAGCAAUGGCUUCACAGUCGAUCUCAUCCACCGUGACUCCCCUUUGUCCCCUUUCUUCAACGCUUCCAACUCCCGAUUCGAUUCUCUACGGGAUUCUUUCCGCCGCUCCCAAGCACGCGCCGCCUACUUCAAGAAACGCGCCGCUGUGGGCUCCGCUAAGUUGGUGGUUGACAUCGAGGUUAUCCCCGGGGAAUACACCAUGAAAUUCUCGGUGGGUACCCCGCCGAUGGAGACUUUCGCGAUUGCCGAUACUGGAAGUGAUCUGACGUGGACGCAAUGCCGGCCGUGCGAUCGCUGCUUUGACCAGGACUUUCCGCUGUUUGAACCUCAAAAGAGCUCGUCUUAUAGAUCAUUGCCGUGCGAUUCGCCGCUAUGUUCCGAGUUUUUCUGCGCCGCCGGGAAUGUUUGUCAGUAUCAGUAUAGUUACGCGGACCAAUCCGAAACCGUCGGGGUCAUUGCCACCGAAACGUUGGUCCUAGGUAACGCUUCUUUCCCGAACUUCGCGUUCGGUUGCGGCCACCAAAAUGGUGGGACCUUCAGCGACGCCGCAUCCGGAAUUAUCGGCCUAGGUGGCGGCCCGGUCUCCCUUAUCUCACAGUUGAAUAAAACAAUCGCCGGAAAAUUCGCCUACUGCUUGCCGCCGCCUCAAACAUUGAAUAUCUCCACUCACAUCACAUUCGGCCCCGACGCCGCCGUCAUGGCUUCAGAUACUUCCGUCGUGUCGACUCCCUUAACCCUAAAAUCUCCCGCGACUUUUUACUGGCUCACCCUGGAAAACAUUAGCGUUGGAAACAAAACCUUAAAGAACCUGUCACAUGAAAUUCCCGCCCUUAACCCCGGGGAAAUCGGAAACAUCAUCAUUGACUCGGGAACGACGUUUACUUAUAUCCCGCCCGACCUCUACGACCUUUUGGAGUCUGAGUUAAAGCGCCUGAUUAACAAGACUCCGGUGAAUGAUCCGGAAGGCCUCUUUAAGCUCUGCUUCCAAACUACCGGCGGCUUGGAGGUUCCAACCAUCGUUGCACAUUUCACCGGCGCCGAUGUCGAGUUGUCACCCAACGGUACAUUCGUUUUUGUGGAACAAACCGUGGUUUGUCUGACGCUUUUCCCAGCGACGGAGUUUGAUCCCAUCUUCGGCAACCUGGCGCAGGUUGACUACAUUGUUGCUUAUGAUUUGGUCGGGAAGACUGUUAGCUUCAAGCCCGCUGACUGUUCUAAGUAUUGAUCGAGAUGCAUAGAUUCGAUGUAGUCCCAGUUUGAUUUAAGUAGUGAGAUUAAUG